AUGAAUGGCCACGCCUCUCCCCCUCUUGAUGUACUGGUCACCGACGGCACCGAGCCGGCCGUCGUCCCCAAGACCACGAAGGCCAUGCCGGGAACCAGCACCCCCUCCGGGCCCCAGUCUGCCCAGCCCAAGAUCAUCGCCGGGGUGUACGUGGAGGCCUCCGGCCAGGCACAGAGCCUCUACGCUGCCAUGAAGCAGGGCCUCCUGCCGGCCGAGCUGGGGCUGGCGCUGCUGGAGGCCCAGGCGGCCACCGGAGGCCUUGUGGACCCCACGCAAGGCUGCUCCCUCCCUGUGUCUGAGGCCCUGCGGCAGGGCCUGGUCGGCCUGGAGCUCAAGGAGAAGCUGCUGGUGGCCGAGCGCGCCGUCACCGGCUACCCCGACCCCUACGGCGGCGAGAGGCUGGCGCUCUUCCAGGCCAUCGGGAAGGAGGUGGUAGACAGAGCGCUGGGCUGGGGCUGGCUGCAGGCCCAGCUGGCCACGGGGGGCCUGGUGGAUCCCGUCCGGGGCACGCGAGUGGCCCCGGGGCCGGCCUGCAUGCAGGGCCUCCUGGGUGAGGAAGCGUGGCGUGGCCUGUCUGACAGCAAGGCCAGCGACGGCGGCCCCGGCUUCCUGGACCCCAACACGCUGGAGCGGCUGCCGUACGGCGAGCUGCUGGGCCGCUGCGUGAGGGCCCCGGGCACGGGGCUGGCCCUACUGCCCCUCACGACCACUUUCCACACCCUGAGCGGGGCAGCGAGCUUGGCCGAGCUGCUAGAGGCGGGGGUCCUGGAUGAGGAGGCCGCCCGGGGCCUUCGGGAGGGCAAGCUGCCGGCCCGGGCGCUGAGCACGAGGGCCGACGUGAGGCGGUACCUGCAGGGCACCGGGGGGGUCGCGGGGGCCGUCCUGCUGCCCGCAGGCCACAAGAAGAGCUUCUACCAGGCCGCCACCGAACACCUGCUCCCGAUGGGCACGGCGCUCGCGCUCCUGGAGGCCCAGGCCGCCACCUGCACGCUGGUGGACCCGGCCACCGGCCAGCGGCUCCGCGUGGAUGAGGCGGUCAGGUCAGGCCUGGUCGGCCCAGAGCUCCACAGGCAGCUCCUGGUGGCGGAGGAGGCCGUGACGGGGUACCGUGACCCCUUCAGCAGCACCCGAGUGCCUCUCUUCCAGGCCAUGAAGAAGGAGCUGGUGGACAGGCCUCUGGCCUUGCGGCUCCUUGAUGCCCAGCUGGCCACAGGUGGGCUAGUGUGUCCGGCCCGCAGGCUCCGGCUGCCCCUGGAGGCCGCCCUGCGCUUCGGAUGCCUGGACGAAGAGACUCAGCAGUGUCUCUCCCAGGCCACUGGCUUCUGGGACCCCGGCACGCAGGAAAGCCUGGGCUAUGAGCAGCUGCUGGCCCACUGCGUCACCGACCCAGAGACGGGGCUGGCCUUCCUUCCCCUCCUGGGGGGCGCCCUUGCGGAGGAGCCCCGAGGACUCCCAUUCAUUGACCACAGCACCCGGCAGGCCUUGAGCGAGGCCGUGAGCACCGUCUCCGCGGGGCCGUUCCAGGGCCGGCCCGCAUCUCUCUGGGAGCUGCUCUUCUCAGAGUCCAUCCCCGUGGAGCAGAGGGCGGCACUGGCCCAGCGCUACAAGGAAGGCACCAUCUCGCAGGAAGAACUGGCCGCCGUGCUGAGGGCCACCCUCGAGCAGGCUGCGGCCGCGGCCAGGACCACCUUUACCGGCCUGAGGGCGCCUGUGACAGCAGGCGAGCUGCUGAGAGCAGAGAUCAUCGACCAGGACGUGUACGAGCGGCUGGAGCGAGGACAGGCCACGGCCCAGGAGGUGGCCCAGCUGGGCGCGGUGCGCAGGUACCUGCAGGGCACCGGCUGCGUCGCGGGCGUGCUGCUGCUGGGCUCCCGGGAGCGGCUGGCCGUCUACGAGGCCCGCGGGAGGGGGCUCCUCAGGCACAGCUCCGCCCUCAUCCUCCUGGAGGCGCAGGCGGCCACGGGCUUCAUCCUCGACCCAAAGGCGAACAAGAGAUACUCUGUGGCGGAGGCUCUGAGGGCUGGCCUCAUCGGGCCCGAUGUGUUUGCAAAGCUGCUGUCGGCCGAGCGCGCCGUCACCGGCUACACCGACCCCUACACCGGGGAGCGCAUCUCCCUCUUCCAGGCCAUGAAGAGGGACCUCAUCGUGCGCGACCACGGCGUCCGCCUGCUGGAGGCCCAGAUCGCCACGGGCGGCAUCAUCGACCCGGUGCACAGCCACCGCCUGCCCGUGGACGUGGCCCACCAGCGCGGCUACUUCGACGAAGAGAUGAGCCGCGUCCUGGCGGACCCGAGCGACGACACCAAGGGCUUCUUCGACCCCAACACGCACGAGAACCUCACCUACCUGCAGCUGCUGGAGCGCUGCGUGGAGGACCCCGAGACGGGCCUGCGCCUGCUGCCCCUGAAGGGAGCACAGCCCCCCGUCGUGGAUGGCGCCACCCGACAGGCCUUCCAGAGCCUGCUGCUGUCGGUGAAGUUCGGGCGCUUCCAGGGCCAGAGGGUUUCCGCGUGGGAGCUGAUCAACUCCGAAUACUUCAGCGAGGACCAGAGGAGGCAGUUCCUGCGGAAGUACCGGCAGCGCAGCCUCUCCCUGGCGCAGGUGGGACAGUGGCUGGAGAGGGAGAUGGGGAGGUGGGCGGACGUCUCGCUGCCCGGGCUGCGGGGCCGGGUCACGGCCUACCAGCUCUGGGAGGCCCGUGUCAUCGGCCGGGAGCUCCUGGAGCGGGUGCUGGAGGGGACGGUCAGCCCCGAAGCCCUCCUCCGCACGGACGGCGUCCAGAGGUGCCUGCAGGGCUCCGGCGCCCUCGGCGGCGUGCUGCUGCGGCCCUCCGGCCGGCGGCUCAUCCUGUACGAGGCCGUGAAGCAGAAGGUGCUGGCGCCGGGGGUGGCCCUCGCGCUGCUGGAGGCGCAGGCGGCCACCGGAGCCCUCAUCGACCCCCACAGCCUGGAGACCCUGUCGGUGGAGGAGGCCGUGCGCAGGAAGCUGGUGGGGCCGGAGCUGUACGGGCAGCUGAGACAGGCCGAGGACGCUGUCACCGGCUUCAGAGACCCCUUCUCUGGGAAGCGGGUGUCCCUAUUCCAGGCCAUGAAGAAGGGGCUCGUCCCUGAGGAGCAGGCCGCCCGGCUCCUGGAUGCCCAGCUGGCUACCGGCGGGGUCGUUGACCCCAUGGCCCACGUCCACCUCCCCACGCCCGUGGCCACCCGGCGAGGCCACAUAGACCAGGACACGGAGCACGCCCUGUCCGGCUCGCCCGAGACCUUCCCCGCCCCGGACGGCCGGGGACGCACCAGCUACGCCCGGCUCCUGGCGCAGUGUCACAGGGACGAGGCUUCCGGCCUCCCCCUCCUGCCCCUGCCCGAAAGCGCCCCGGCCGGCCCCACCGACGAGCAGGUCCGGGAGACUCUGCGGGCGCAGCAGGGGACCCAGGACGGCAAGUCCCUCUGGGAGCUGCUGGGCUCUGGCCACUUCACUGACGAGCAGCGGAAGAGCUUGCUGGAGGACUUCAGGUCGGGGAGGACCACCCUGCAGCAGCUGCAGGGAGCUGUGCACAAGUGGGUGCGGGAGGCAGAGCUCCUGGCACGGGCUCGUGUCACGGUGCCCGGCCCCAGGGGCGAGGUUCCUGCCGUCUGGCUGCAUGACGUCGGCAUCAUCACCCCGGAGACCCUGGCGGCCCUGGCUCAGGGCACACGGUCACCUGCGGAGGUCGCCGAGGAGCCCGCCGUGAAGACCCGUCUGUGGGGCACGGGCUGCGUGGCGGGCCUGCUGCUGCAGCCGGCGGGGACCAAGGCCAGCAUCGGCCAUGCUGUGAGGGACGGCCUGCUGCCUGAGGGGCUGGGGCAAAGGCUGCUGGAGGCCCAGGUGGCCUCUGGUUCCCUCGUUGACCCUCUGACCAGCCAGAGACUGUCUGUGGAAGGCGCAGUGAAGGCGGGCCUGGUGGGCAGGGCGCUGAGCGAGCAGCUGCAGCAGGCCGCCGGGGCCGUGGCCGGGUACGCCGACCCCUACUCGGGAGGCUCCCUGUCACUGUGGCAGGCCAUGGGGAAGGGGCUGGUGCCCCAAAGUGAGGGCCUCCGGCUUCUGCAGGUGCAGCUGGCCACAGGGGGCGCGGUGGACCCCGUGCACGGGGUGCACCUGCCCCAGGAGGCAGCUUGCAGGCUUGGGCUCCUGGACGAGCAAGUCAGCCGGGUCCUGACCUCAGCAUCCGAGGACAACAAGUUCUUCUUCGACCCAGGCACACGGGACAGGGUGACGUACAUGCAGCUCAAGGAUCGCUGUGUCUUGGACGGGGACACCGGCCUGCGGCUGCUGCCGCUCACCCCGGACACGGUGCUGGAGGUGGAUGAGCACACGACAGUGGCCCUGAGGGCCAUGAAGGUGCCCGUCAGCACCGGGAGGUUCGAAGGUCUCAGCGUGUCGCUGUGGGACCUGCUGCACUCAGAGUACGUCGGCGUCCAGCAGCGGCGAGAGCUGGCAGCACUCUGCCGCUCAGGGAGGGCCGCAGCCCUGCGCCAGGUGGCCGUGGCGGUCGCCACCCUGGUGGAGGCGGCAGAGAGGCAGCCCUCGCAGGCCACCUUUAGAGGCCUUCGGAAGCAGGUGUCAGCCAGCGACUUGUUCAGGUCCCAGCUCAUUGACAAGCAGACACUGGACGAGCUAAAUCGGGGGAGAAAGACGGUGCAGGAGGUGACAGAGAUGCACGGCGUGAGGCGGUACCUGGAAGGAGGCAACUUCAUUGCUGGGGUUCUCGUCCAGGGCACGAAGGAGAAGAUGAGCAUCUCCGAGGCCCUGAGGAGGCACAUCCUGCGGCCCGGCACGGCCCUGGUGCUGCUGGAGGCGCAGGCGGCCACGGGCUUCGUCAUCGACCCCGUGCGCAACCAGAGGCUGUCCGUGGAGGAGGCGGUGGCCGCGGGCGUGGUGGGCGGCGAGAUCCAGGAGAAGCUGCUGUCGGCCGAGCGCGCCGUCACCGGCUACACCGACCCCUACACCGGGGAGCGCAUCUCCCUCUUCCAGGCCAUGAAGAGGGACCUCAUCGUGCGCGACCACGGCGUCCGCCUGCUGGAGGCCCAGAUCGCCACGGGCGGCAUCAUCGACCCGGUGCACAGCCACCGCCUGCCCGUGGACGUGGCCUACCAGCGCGGCUACUUCGACGAAGAGAUGAGCCGCGUCCUGGCGGACCCGAGCGACGACACCAAGGGCUUCUUCGACCCCAACACGCACGAGAACCUCACCUACCUGCAGCUGCUGGAGCGCUGCGUGGAGGACCCCGAGACGGGCCUGUAUAUGUUACAAAUUGUAAAGAAAGGAGAGACCUACGUUUAUACGGAUGAAGCCGCGAGACAAGCCCUGCAGUCCCGAACUACAGACAUGCAUGUGGGGACGUUUGCCAAUCAGAACGUCUCCUUCUGGGACCUGCUCUCCUCUCACUACUUCCCAGAGGAAAGGAAGUGGGAGCUCAUCCAGGAGUACAGAGCCCAGAGGCUCCCCCUCGAGCAGCUGCUGGAGAUCAUCACUGCUACGGUGGAAGAAAUGGAAAAGCAGUACCAGCUCAUCCAAGCUCCAGGCAUCGGGGGGCAGGUGACGGCUGCAGACUUAUUUAACUCUGGAAUCAUCGAUAAAAGGACUCUGCAUGUGCUGCACAGGGAGACGCAGGGGGGGCAGGGCCUCAGCAGGCUGCCCCAGGUGAAGACCUAUCUGGAAGGCAGCGGCUGCAUCGCAGGGCUGACAAUACCAUCCACCCAAGAGGUGAUGAGCCUCCAUGAAGCCAGCAGGAAAGGACUCAUCCCCUUGGGCUUCGCGGCUCAGCUGCUGGAGGCGCAGGCGGCCACUGGGUUCCUGCUGGAUCCCCACAGCCGCAGGAGGCUGUCUGUGCACCAGGCCGUGGCUGAGGGGCUGGUGGGCGAGGAUUUGCAGGAAAGGCUUCUGGACGCUGAGUAGGCCGCUCAUGGCUACACAGACCCAGUCACGGGUGACAAAGUCCCACUGUUCCAGGCCAUGAAAAAGAAGUUAGUCAAACGGGAGGAGGCGCUCAGACUGCUGGAGGUGCAGGUGGCCACGGGGGGCGUCAUUGAUCCCCUGCACCACCACCGGCUCCCGCUGGACGAGGCCUACAGACGCGGGUGUCUGCACGAGCACACAUACCCCCUCGUUUCAGAUCAGAAGCACAUGAAUAAAAGGUUUGUGGAUCCAAACACUCAGGAGAGGGUCACCUACCGACAGCUGCAGGAAAGGAGCCAAACGGAGGUGGGGACAGGCUGGGCUCUCUUCCCGCUGCUCGAGAGUCAACACGCCGCUGCCUAUGUCGACGAGCCCACCAGGAGGGCCCUGGAGGCAGAGCGGGUGGACGUGCAAGUGGGAAGGUACAAGAACCAGAGGCCAUCACUGUGGGAGAUCCUGAACUCAGAAUAUGUGACGGAGGAGAUGAAGCUCCACUUGAUUGGGGAAUACAAAAGAGACACAGCGAAAGCAUUAGAAAAGGUAGUGAAUAUCAUUUUAGAACUGAUAGAUGAGAAGGAAAAAGGUAAGAAACAAUUGUGGUUCCGAGGAUUCAGAAAACAAAUCACAGCUGCCGAACUGUUCCAUUCAGGGAUAAUCACCGAGAAGAUGCUAGAAGAUCUGGACAAGGGAGCCAGCACCACGGAGGUCAUCAGAAAGGACGAACGGGUCAAACGCUACCUGGAGGGCACGAGCUGCAUCGCGGGCGUGCUGGUGCCCGCCAAGCACGAGCCGGGCCGGCAGGAGAAGAUGAGCAUCUACCAGGCCAUGUGGAAGGGCGUCCUGCGGCCCGGCACGGCCCUGGUGCUGCUGGAGGCGCAGGCGGCCACGGGCUUCGUCAUCGACCCCGUGCGCAACCAGAGGCUGUCCGUGGAGGAGGCGGUGGCCGCGGGCGUGGUGGGCGGCGAGAUCCAGGAGAAGCUGCUGUCGGCCGAGCGCGCCGUCACCGGCUACACCGACCCCUACACCGGGGAGCGCAUCUCCCUCUUCCAGGCCAUGAAGAGGGACCUCAUCGUGCGCGACCACGGCGUCCGCCUGCUGGAGGCCCAGAUCGCCACGGGCGGCAUCAUCGACCCGGUGCACAGCCACCGCCUGCCCGUGGACGUGGCCCACCAGCGCGGCUACUUCGACGAAGAGAUGAGCCGCGUCCUGGCGGACCCGAGCGACGACACCAAGGGCUUCUUCGACCCCAACACGCACGAGAACCUCACCUACCUGCAGCUGCUGGAGCGCUGCGUGGAGGACCCCGAGACGGGCCUGCGCCUGCUGCCCCUCACAGACCAGGCUGCCAAGGGUCGGGAGCUGGUCUACACCGACUCGGAGGCCCGGGACGUGUUCGAGAAAGCCACCGUGUCUGCGCCAUUUGGCAAGUUCCGGGGCAAGACGGUGACCAUCUGGGAAAUCAUCAACUCCGAGUACUUCACGGCAGAGCAGCGGCGGGAUCUGGUGCGGCAGUUCCGCACGGGCAAGGUCACCGUGGAGAAGAUCAUCAAGAUCGUCAUCACGGUGGUCGAGGAGCACGAGCAGAAAGGGCAGCUCUGCUUCCAGGGUCUGCGGGCCCUGGUCCCUGCUGCCGAGCUGCUCGAGAGCGGUGUCAUCGACCGCGACCUCUACCGCCAGCUGCAGAAGGGCGAGCGCUCAGUGCAAGAGGUGGCCGAGGUGGAUGCUGUGCGGCGGGCCCUGCGGGGUAGUGACGUCAUCGCAGGGGUGUGGCUGGAAGAGGCAGGACAGAGGCUGAGCAUCUACGAGGCCCUGAAGAAAGACUUGCUGCAGCCGGAGGCAGCUGUGGCACUUCUGGAGGCCCAGGCUGGCACCGGGCACGUCAUCGACCCCGCCACAAGCGCCCGGCUCACCGUGGACGAGGCGGUGCGUGCUGGCCUGGUGGGGCCCGAGCUGCAUGAGAAGUUGCUGUCGGCCGAGAAGGCCGUGACCGGCCACAAAGACCCCUACUCGGGGCAGAGCGUCUCUCUGUUCCAGGCCCUAAAGAAGGGCCUCAUCCCCAGGGAGCAGGGCUUGCGCCUGCUGGAUGCCCAGCUGUCCACAGGUGGCAUCGUGGACCCAAGCAAGAGCCACCGUGUGCCCGUGGACGUCGCCUAUGCCCGUGGCUACCUGGACGAGGAGACCAGCCGAGCCCUGUCGGCGCCCAGGGACGACGCCAAGACCUACUCCGACCCCCGCACACAAGAGCCGGUCACCUACAGCCAGCUGCAGCGGCAGUGCCGGUCCGACCCGCUCACGGGGCUGAGCCUGCUGCCACUCUCGGAGAAGGAGGCCCGGGCCCGGCGGGAGGGACUCUGCUCUGAGCUGCAGGCUCGCGAGACCUUUCAGAAGACCCCNAAGCUGCUGUCGGCCGAGCGCGCCGUCACCGGCUACACCGACCCCUACACCGGGGAGCGCAUCUCCCUCUUCCAGGCCAUGAAGAGGGACCUCAUCGUGCGCGACCACGGCGUCCGCCUGCUGGAGGCCCAGAUCGCCACGGGCGGCAUCAUCGACCCGGUGCACAGCCACCGCCUGCCCGUGGACGUGGCCCACCAGCGCGGCUACUUCGACGAAGAGAUGAGCCGCGUCCUGGCGGACCCGAGCGACGACACCAAGGGCUUCUUCGACCCCAACACGCACGAGAACCUCACCUACCUGCAGCUGCUGGAGCGCUGCGUGGAGGACCCGGAGACGGGUCUCUUGUUUUUGUCCUUGAGUGCCGUUUGAAUGGCCUUUAGCCUUUUCCUGGGUCCAUGUAUAAAACUUAUAUCAGUUAAUCAAGUGUUUAGGAAUAUUGCAAUUAUUUGUCAAUCCACUGUCCCUUGUGUUAUAUAUCUUUCUUGUCAUAAACCAAAAAUUUCCUUUAUCUUGCUAGUUUUCCCACUUUUCAAUUUUGUUGUAAUGUAACAUAAUCUUCUUUUCUUACUCUCGUCCGCGUAUCUCCUUUUUUGUUGCGAAUUCUUAGCACAUUUGUGUCUGAGACAAUAGUCGGUGAUGUUCUCUAUUAAAUC